AAACACGAACCAAACACGGCCUAAAAAACACACUAAACGUAUAACCAGAACGCCCCCCCUUCUGUCUUGUCUGAAAACAAUUCCGUUUUAGCAAAUCUUUGUCUCUCUACCCGAGCUGACUCAGAGCACUAUUAACUCAUAAAUGAGUCAGGAAUCGUUCAUAUACAGCUUCGUGGCACGAGGGACAAUGAUUUUAGCUGAGUACACCGAGUUCACCGGCAACUUUCCGGCGAUCGCAACUCAGUGCCUUCAAAAACUCCCUUCUUCUAAUGACAAGUUCACUUACAAUUGUGAUCACCAUACCUUUAAUUUUCUUGUUGAAGAUGGCUACGCUUAUUGUGUUGUUGCCAAAGAAACUGUUAGCAAGCAGAUCUCCAUUGCAUUUUUGGAACGCAUGAAAGCAGACUUCAAGAAAAGAUAUGGGGGUGGUAAAGCUGAUACUGCUGCUGCUAAAAGUCUCAAUAAGGAGUUUGGGCCAAUUAUGAAAGAGCACAUGAAGUAUAUUAUUGACCACGCUGAAGAGAUUGAGAAGUUAAUAAAAGUGAAGGCUCAAGUUUCAGAAGUUAAAAGCAUAAUGUUAGGAAAUAUUGACAAGGCUAUUGAUAGAGGUGAAGCCAUAGCGACUCUUGCUGACAAGACUGAGACUCUGCGUGAUCAGGCCCAAGCAUACAAGAAACAAGGGACACAAAUUCGACGGAAAAUGUGGUAUCAAAACAUGAAGAUCAAGUUGGUUGUCCUCGGGGUGUUAUUGAUUCUGGUACUAAUAAUUUGGCUUUCCAUUUGCCAUGGAUUUGAUUGUUCCAACUAGUAAUCAUUCAUACAGAGAACUCAAUGCUAUAUACAAAAAGACUUUGAACAGUUUAUGUUCGAACUUCGGCAGAGGAGCUUUGGUUUCAUAAGAUUGGUAUCUUAUCUUCUUAGCAAGUUGGCAUGGAGAGAGAUCUUAAGUUGUCAUUAGCUUGAGCGUUGUAUCAUGUGUUGUAGUGUGCCAAAUAUUACACAGACAUUUCUUUUUUGCAGUUUUCCUGUAUUCGUAUAGCAGUAAAAUUUGAGUAACAUUAUGUGUUGGCGCAA